UGUGUGUGUGUGAAUUGAGUUUAUGAUAAUUCAUAUUUAUUACAAAAUUAAGAAGAAUGUUUUCCAAAUAUUCGAAUACACGGAUAUCUGACAAUUCUUUGACAUCACCGGUUGCUAAUGUUUCAUUAGAUUUGUCCAAAGAAUCAUUCUAUCCAAAUUACGAAUUCAUUGAAAAAUCUGACAAACAUCGUUCAUUUAUAUCAGCCAGAUUCGAAAUAACCGAUGAUUGCGAAACAUCACCAUUAUCAACCACAUUAGUUGAUUGUUUUUCAUCUGGAUCAGAAUGUUGCUGUUCACCACCACCAUCAUCAUCUACAUUUAACAGCUGUGCUAAUCUUGAUCCACCGUUUCAACCUAACUUUUGUGAUAGCCAUAGUAAAUUCAUUAUGGCCACUGAUGUUACACCAACAAUGGCAAUGACAACAUGUAACAAUGAACAAUCGCCAUCAUCGAUAACAGCCAGAUUUGGAGAUCCAUUGGGUUCGCCUCCAACAGUUUCGUCUGGCUGUUCAGAUGAUUAUUAUUAUGGACCAUCAUCUGGCGAAUUUUCAUCAUCGGCAAAUGGCGAUUCAAUUCCGAUACAUACGCCGUCUUCAUCCUGCAAAAAUAAUGAUUAUUGGGCACUUAUUUCUAAAAAUGAUGAUUUUGAAUUGAAAAUAGAAGCUCAAGAAAAUUAUGUCUGUUUUAUUGGUUCCGAUCUUGUUCAUCGAAAACGACAAAUACAAUCACCAUGUAACAACAAAGAUAAAGACGAUCAUCAAGCUGUAUUGAUUUAUGCCAGCGGGUCAUUUCAUAUCAAAGAUCUCGAUUCAACAUUUGGUACAUUUGUAAAUGAACUUCGUGUGCCGUCUCGCAGCUUCAUACGUUUGAAUAUUGAUGAUGAGAUUCGUUUUGGCUUUGGUCCGGAUAUUUAUCAAUUAAAACAUUUGCCAUCAAAUCCAGUCAAUUUUAACCGCAGCCCAAAUGUUCAACAAAAACAAGUAGAUAUCAACGUCGACGAUGAAAAACAUCAUCGAUCGACACCGCCUGUAACAACAAUAAAAACAUCAUUCAAAAAUGACAAUUCAAAUGAGUUUUUCGUCCUUGGCGACGAACAUGACAAUAAUGAUGAUGAUAGCAAACAACUGAAACAAAUUCCAUCCUGCGAUCAAGCAACAGUACCAAAGUCUGCAAAACAAUCUCCAAUGAAUAAAUUAUUUCGUAUUAGUAUUAGAAAAAAUGAUAAAAAAUCUGAUCCUGUUAAACGCGGGUCGAAAAAAACAACGAUACAAACAUCAACAUCGACAGCUUCAUCAUCAUCAUCAUCCACAUCCUCAUCAUCGCAUAAUAAACUUUCUCCAUCAUCUUUUUCCCUGAUGUCAUCAUCAUCAUCAUCAUCAUCUCAAUCAUCAACACCAGUGACUUCAACACCUCAUACACAACAAACAUCAUCAUCUUCGAUGUUCAUGUCGGCAAUGAAAAUGAUGAAAGCUCGUUUCAAAAAGAAAUCAUCAUCAGCCACGGUCUCUGCUAAAGAUAAGAAAGAAUCAUCGUUGUUUAUUUGUUCGGGAAAUGAAGACAUAACCUUCAUCCGUUAUCAUCAUUAUAAACAAAAUCAUCCAUCCAUCCAUAAUCAGCAUAAAAUCGAGCCAUGUUCGAUAUCGGCACCUGAAUCUCCAAAUCAAUCUCGUCAUCAUAUCUAUCAUAGUCAUACAUAUCAGAAUACAGAAUUCCUUAGAAAAUUAUCUGAUGACUAUCCGAUUGUUUCGCUUUCAGGCUGUCCUUUUAUAACAGAUGAACAUGAAUAUGAUGAAGUAACUCCCGAACUGGACCUGGAAAAUGACGCCGAUGAUGAUGAAGCUCCUAGUUGUUAUUCUGAUAUUAGCCAAAAACAAUGGACAUGUAAAUCAAAAACAUCAACUAAUGUUGGUGAUAGCAAUCAGCAUUUCAACCACAAUCAUCGCACUUUGUCUCCAUCAACACCACUGCAAUUACCACAGCCGACUUCGACGUCUUUAACAAAAACAAAGCAUUCUUCUGUUAUGAAUACAGCACAAAAUAUUCAUGGAGAUUGUGGCCUGUAUCAAAAAAAUCCUCAUAAUAAUCAUCACGAUAUUAUCGAUGCUGAUGAUUACAAUGCAUCGCAUGAAUGUUUUGAUGUUGAAAAUCAUACAUCGACACAUGCAAUAGCCACUUUAUCAAAUAUCCAUCAUUUACCACAUCUAAACAGUGAAGAUCGUCUGAACAAUAAUAGUAGCUUAGAUUCAAACAUUGUUCAUUUUGAACACUUAUUGAAAAACUUAAAAAACAACAAAUUUGAAUCAAACACUAGCAGUGGCAAUCAAAAAGACAGCUGCGAAACGUCUAUUAAUUUAUCAACAAUCUUGUUAGAUGAUGAAAUACAUCAACGAACAAGAUUACAUCAACAAGAACCGAAUGAAUCGUUUUGCCAAAAUAAUGUCAUAAUUUCAUCAUUACCACCACCAUCAUUAAAUCAAGAAACGACGACAAUGACAACAAUCGAAACUACAGUCACACUUGGUUCAACAUCUUCCUUAUUAUUAUAUACAAGUCCGAAACAGUCGUCGGUAACAUCAACUACAUCAGCUAAUAAUAAUCGUAUUCAUUGCAAUGAUUAUAAUGCUAAAAAUCGAGUUGACUAUAUUUGCCAAAACGAACAAGAACGACAAAAAGAUGGAAUCGUUGUCUCUGAUGAUGAUGGAAAGUGUAGAAGUACUUUAACAAUGUUGUCAUACUCUAAUUCUGUUUUUGAUGAAAAACAACAAAUCAAUUCAACUAACGAAACUCUUUUAAAUUUCGAAAAACGAUCACCUUUGGCAGCAACAACUGUGGAAACCACUGCGGAAAAGGCAACUGUCAAUGAAACAACCUUGAAGAAUAGGAACAAUAUUGAACGUCAUUUGAAUCAGUUGAAUAAUAAAUCAAUACAUAAACAUAAACAUAGUGGAAAGCAACAACUAGUUGUCGUGCCGGUUGAUUCAGAUUCGGGGGCUGUCACCGAUGCCGAUACCAACGAUCUAUAUGAUAUUGAAGAUUCGAGACGAGGACAACGACGUCCUUCUUCCUCCUCAUCAUCAUCAACAAAAAUAACCAGUUCAUUUGACCAUUAUCAUCCAACAAAUUUUCUUGCUUCGACUAGUAGUGGACGAUCAUCAUUAGGAACUUCGGCCACAUUGGCUAAUUCAAAUAACGAUAACGAAUUUCAUUUGUCUUCAUUGGAACAUGAUGUUGAAUUCGACUAUCAGCAGCAACAUUGUAAUAAUGCUCGAACACAACAGCCACAAUCAUUGCCAGUAUCUUUGCAACAACCACGUUCUCGGCAUUCAAUCGGUGGAAUGGCAUUUGUGAUCAAUUUUGAUGAUAAUGAAAAUGAAUUGAAAACCAAUGAAAAAUCCCAAUAUUCAAUUAAAAAAGAUGAAAAAAUUACCAGAAGGCCAUCACCACUUUUUCUUAACAAUCAAAAUAAUAAUAUAAAUUGCCUGAGUGAUGUCGAACAACAAAUAACAAAUGUAUCACAAAGCGCGAGAAAUUCGAACACUGCCAAAAACAACAUCUCUAUAACGACUACAUCUAUGAAACGAUUGUCAAACGUAACAUCUAUACCGUUAAAUACAUCGCCCAAAACUAAUAUUGCCUAUGUGUUCGAUUUAAAUGAUAUGAACGAGAUACAAAAGCCACCUAUCGAAUUGUCAAACAAUUCCCGUCACACCCAAUAUCAAUCACCGUCAUUAUCAUCAUCGAUGAAGAAAAGUGAUACUUAUGAUAAAAAAAUCAAUAAAAUAUUGACAAAUGAUUGUCUUUCGACAAUGAAUAACGACAAAGACAAUUUUGCCAAAAUUGAUCAUCAAAAAAAUCCUAAAAAUCAUUGUUCAGUGAAAAUACCUUCAUCAUCAACUGAGCCAACAACGGUGAUUAAUGAAAUGAAAAAGAAUAUUGAGAUGAAUUCGGGUCAAAUUUUAUCAGGUAUCGAUAUGAUAGAUAAUGAUGCGAAUCGUCAUAGUGAUGUAACACUACAACAAUCAACAUCACGGCGAAAUGGUCAAUUAAGUGAAUCUGCUGUCUAUCUGAUUAAUCGAAUGUUUGAGCAUAAUAAUAAUUAUCAACAAAAUCGUCAUCAUCAUCAUCACCAUCGUAGCGAAAGUGUGAGUAGCCAUGGAUGUUACGAUUUUAGCGAUGAUGUUGAUUUUGAUAAUCAUCAUCGCACUGAUGAAUAUUUUGGUGUGCAACAUGGUCACAUUCUUCAGGCCGACAAAGUUGAUCAAUCAGCUAAAACAUUAGCAACCCAAACAACAAAGACACAUGUUAAAUCAAUGAAUCGUCGAAGUAUGGAAUAUGAUGAUGAUUCAUUGAGUUCAUUGAAUCUUAUCAAAGAUCAAUCAGCAAAAUCACAUCGAUCGUCAUUACAUCGACAAAAUCCUAAAUCCAUCGAAUCUGAUGACGUUGUCACUAUGAUUGGAAUAGACCAACAGGUCAUAGAUACUAAUAUCAGUGUUGUUGAUGACGAGGAUGAAUUGAGCGAUACUGGAACGUAUGUUAUCGAUAUUGAUGAACUAACUGGUGAAAAAAAUAGACGAAAAUCAGAAAAUCAAAAUGUUGGAAAUUCAAAAAAAUUAAUUCAAAAAUCACCAACAAAGAAAAAAUCUGCCCAACCCAAACAACAUUUUAUCGAUGAUAGUGACGAAAUCAGGAUCAAAUCAUAUGAAAAUCUAGGUGUUGAAAUUGAACAUGAUGUUCAUUGUAAUGAUGGUGAAGGUGGUAACACUGAAGCAAAUUCCGACGAAUUCGGCGACGAAGAAGAUUACGAUGAAGAUGAAGAUCUUCAAGAUGAAAAUGAUGAUGAAGAUAAACUUGAAGUAGCACGAAAACAAAUCGAUGAACUAUUCAGCAAUUAUGAGAAACAUAAAAAGAAUAGUAGCCAUUACCCGUUAAAGAAAGAUGCAACAUUUACUCGAUCAAAACGUCGUUCUAGCUGUUCAGAAGUGAAUAGUUCAUCGACAUAUCAUGAUGACAAAUCAGAUCUAUCAAAUCAAAUGAUUAGUGCCCAACCAUCAGCAAAAUUAUUCGAUGUUAUCGACGAAAAUAUUAAACAUUCAACAAAUAUUGGUGAUAAAUCUAAAAAAAGAAUCAGUAGUGAAUUAAUGAGCGCAUUCAAAAGGAUUAACUCUAAAUUAGAAAAGACAGCUCGACUUGGAAAGUUAUCAUUAUUAUCACCUUCGUCAACGGCUACAGUUGUCACCACAACCAGUUGCACACCGUUAGCCGAAAAUACUAAUGCUGAAAAUCGUCACUCAACGAAAUCUGUAUCAGCACUCUCGAAACCACCUUUGAAAUGUAGUUCGGCACCUUCAACACCGCUAUUGGAUAAUCGAAAACAGUCAAUGAAUAAUCGAUUACAUGCCCGAAACAUUAGCCGUAAAUCUGCAAUGCCGUCAACAAUCACGAAUAACGAUUCAUCUUCAACCGAGCGACUUGAUAAUAAUGAUUCUCGACAACGAGCUCGUAGUGGAUCAAUGACAUCCAAUUCUUCGGCCUCUUCUAGUUUACGUUUCAAUCGUGCAUUUGCAUUGCGUCGUGCUCGUCUCGGUAUGGAUACCUGUGGUGUAGAAAUUUCUGAACAAUCUGCUAAUAAGGCUAAAGAAUCACAAAAAACGACAAAACUAAUUUCGCCAUCAUCAUUCAAACGUAACGAUGGUGGAAGAUUUAGUCUUCGGGUACCAAGCACUCGAAUUCCACAGAACACAUGUAAUCAAUUUACAAAAGGAUCGCGAAAACCACCAUCUUCGUCAACAACGACAAUUGCGUCAACCAAUAAAAAAGUACUUAAACAGCCACCUGUUUCAAGUAAAAUUCCAACUAUAAAAUCACAUUCAGCAUCAUCAUCCGUUUGUUCAUCAAUUGAAAAUCUUACUAAUGGCCUUGGAAAAGGCAAGGUAAACAAUGGACAUUCAUUGGCUUCGAUGAAUCAUCGUAAUCAAUCACAGCGCCGAGUGAUUCCUCAUUCAGAUAAUGAAAUUCAAUUCGAUGCUGAAUGUUCAUCAUGUGAUGAUUGCGAGACGCGUCCCUUAUUACAUUUUUCACGUUUUGGUCGGCGAUCAUUACGUUGUAUGCCAUCAUCAGCCGGUAGCAAUGACAAUAGCACUCCAUGGCUAAAAUCGCUUGCAAAUAAAUCCAUCAAUUCAAAUGCCGAACUUGUUUUUGACAAACGAAAUAAGGCAGAAAUUCAAUCACAGCCACCUACUCAAUGUUCAUAUUCCUUAUUUAAUGGAUCAUCUAUACAGAGCAAACAUCGAACAUCCUCAGCAAAUAGUUAUCGUUCAGAAAGCGAUAGCCAAAAUUAUAUUUCUGUUAUUGAGCCUUCAUCACCAUCUAUUGUUGAUCCCAGGACAGCUAGGCAAAUGGUUCCCCCGUUUCAGGUUGGAAAACGCUUCUUUUCCACUAAACCACAUCGAAUGGCACAAUUCGAUAAGGAUUUCAACACCAUUAUUCAUGGCCAUCAUUCCGCAAGUGCUAAUCCAUCUCCGAUGCGACAAAUGUCUGCCGAUUCAAAUCUGAUGACUCAUUCUGUCACCGAAUGUCUAUUGUCAGAUCGUUUAAACAUUGAUAGUAAAAGACAAGAAACAAAAUCAAACGAAGUACCAACAGGAUCACCAGUCAUUUCAUCUGGUAUAAAUGCCAGAAUAUUUUCCAUUUCUCCAUUAGAUUCAUUAGUGAUAUCAGCUAUUAAUCAACUGUCUUCUAAACUUCGAACAAGAAUGCGAGAUUUUCUUGAACGUGAACGCACCAAUCAUUCACCAGGAUCAGAAGCACGAACAUUGAUUGAAGAAAUUUUGCCUCAAGUAAAUAAUGUAAACGGACCAGAUUCGUCAAAAUCUAAUCAAACACGUAACAAUUAUAAUCAUGAUUCAUCGAAUAUCAGUCGUGAUCUGUCUAAUAUAUUGAAAAAUUUGAAAAAAGUAGAACAAAUUUUUGAUGUCUUCUCAAUGGUCGUUGAACCGUAUACAAAUGAUACGAAAAUUGUCGAAAUCCACGAAUCAGAUGGCCCCAUCAUAACGAAUAUCUCGGAUAGUGAUACUAGCGGUAGUGGUGAUGGUACAAAUGGAUCGGUCGUCAUAAACAAUUGCACAAGUACCAAAACGUCCAUAAAUCGAUCACGGCGAUUACCAUUUAUGAUUCCCUCACAAAAACCAUCGGCAAAUGACUUUAUACAAUCACCGCCAUCACCUGAAUCCUCAUCGCAACCGCGAUCAGGAUUCUUUAUUGAAAUUUAAAGUGGCCUUUCAUAAAAUCAUCAUUAUCAAAAUGAUAAUUUACUUUAAAGAUUUGAUACAUGCUACAAAAUAUAAUUUUGAUUCAUUUAC